GUGUGGGACAUUUUAGAGUGCCGUGAACUAUGAAGAUGUACAUGUGAAUUUCACUCGGGAAGAGUGGGCUUUGUUGGAUCCUUCCCAGAAGAGUCUCUACAGAGAGGUGAUGCUGGAGACCUACAGAAACCUCACUGCUGUAGGCUACAAUUGGGAAGACCAUAAUAUUGAAGAACAUUGUCAAAGUUCUAGAAGACAUGGAAGACAUAAAAGAACACAUACUAGAGGGAAACCCUACAAAUGUAAUCACUGUGGUAAAGCCUUUGCACAUCCCAGUAGUCUCCAAAGGCAUGACAAAAUUCAUACUGGAGAGAAACCUUACAAAUGUACUCAAUGCGAUAAAGCAUUUUUACACCACCAUAGUCUCCAAAUACAUGAAAGAACACACACUGGAGAGAAACCCUAUGAAUGUAACCAAUGUGGAAAAGCCUUUGCAUGUCACACUACUCUCCAAAUACAUAAAAGAACACAUACUGGAGAGAAACCAUAUGAAUGUAACCAAUGUGAGAAAGCCUUUUCACAAUACAGUCAUCUCCAAAGACAUAAAAGAACACAUACUGGAGAGAAACCGUAUGAAUGUAAGCAAUGUGGGAAAGCCUUUGCACGUGACAGUCAUCUUCAAAGGCAUGAAAGAAUUCACAAUGGAGAGAAACCCUAUGAUGGUAUUCAACAUGGUGAAGCCUUUGCAUGUCACAGUCAUCUCCAAAUACAUAAAAGAACACUUACUGAAGAGAAACCCCAUGAAUGUAAGCAAUGUGGUAAAGCCUUUGCGUAUAAUGCUCUUCUUCAAAUACAUAAAAGAACACAUACUGGAGAGAAACCCUAUGGAUGUAAUCAGUGUGGUAAAGCCUUUUCAAAACUCGGUACUCUAAAAGUACAUAAAAGAAUACAUACUGGAGAGAAACCCUACGAGUGUAACGACUGUGGUAAAGCCUUUGCCUAUAAGUAUCUUCUUCAAAUACAUGAAAGAACACACACUGGAGAGAAACCCUACAAUUGUAAUCACUGUGGUAAAGUCUUUGCACAUCACAGUGAUCUUAGAAGGCAUGACAAAAUUCAUACUGGAGAGAAACCUUAAAAAUGUAAUCAGUGCAACAAAGCCUUUUUAGAACACUAUAGUCUCCAAAGACAUGAAAGAACACACCCUGGAGAGAAACCCUACGGAUGUAAGCAAUGUGGGAAAGCCUUUCCACAAUAUAGUCAUCUUCAAAGACAUGAAAGUAUUCACACUG